CGCGCGGACGGAGGGCGGCGGCCGCGGCCAGGGCGGCCCGUGGGACCGCGGGCCCCGGCGCAGCGCCGCCCCGGCUCCCGGCCCCGCCGGCCUCUGCCCCCCGGCGCCGCGGCCAUGGCGGCCAGCGCGAAGCGGAAGCAGGAGGAGAAGCACCUGAAGAUGCUGCGGGACAUGACGGGGCUCCCGCACAACCGCAAGUGCUUCGACUGCGACCAGCGCGGCCCCACCUACGUGAACAUGACGGUCGGCUCCUUCGUCUGCACGUCCUGCUCGGGCAGCCUGAGAGGGUUAAAUCCACCACACAGGGUGAAAUCUAUCUCUAUGACAACAUUUACACAACAGGAAAUUGAAUUCCUGCAAAAACAUGGAAAUGAAGUCUGUAAACAGAUUUGGCUAGGAUUAUUUGAUGAUAGAUCUUCAGCAAUUCCAGACUUCAGGGAUCCACAAAAAGUGAAAGAGUUUCUACAAGAAAAAUAUGAAAAGAAAAGAUGGUAUGUUCCACCAGAACAAGCUAAAGUGGUGGCAUCAGUUCAUGCAUCUAUUUCAGGGUCCUCUGCCAGUAGCACAAGCAGCACACCUGAGGUCAAACCACUCAAAUCUCUUUUAGGAGAUUCUGCACCAGCACUGCACUUGAAUAAGGGCACGCCUAGUCAGUCCCCAGUUGUAGGUUGUUCUCAAGGGCAGCAGCAGGAAAGGAAGCAGUUUGACCUUUUGAGUGAUCUUGGCUCAGAUAUCUUUGCUGCUCCAGCUCCUCAAUCAACAGCUACAGCCAAUUUUGCUAAUUUUGCACAUUUCAACAGCCAUGCAGCUCAGAAUUCUGCAAAUGCAGAUUUUGCAAACUUUGAUGCAUUUGGACAGUCUAGUGGUUCGAGUAACUAUGGAGGUUUCCCCACAGCAAGUCACUCUUCUUUUCAACCCCAAACUACAGGUGGAAAUGCUGGAUCAGUAAAUGCUAAUUUUGCUCAUUUUGAUAACUUCCCCAAAUCCUCCAGUGCUGAUUUUGGAACCUUCAGUACUUCCCAGAGUCAUCAGACAGCAUCAGCUGUUAGUAAAGUUUCAACAAACAAAGCUGGCUUACAGACAGCAGACAAAUAUGCGGCACUUGCUAAUUUAGACAAUAUCUUCAGUGCUGGACAAGGUGGUGAUCAAGGAAGUGGCUUUGGAGCCACAGGAAAAGCUCCUGUUGGGUCUGUGGUUUCCGUUCCUGGUCAGCCAAGUACAGCCUCAGACAAGUAUGCAGCCCUGGCGGAACUGGACAGCGUUUUCAGUUCUGCAGCCACCUCCAGUCAUGCGUACACUUCUUCAAGUAAUGCUAGCAGCAGUGUUUUUGGAACAGUGCCAGUGGGUGCUUCUGCACAGACACAGCCUGCUUCUUCAAGUGUGCCUGCUCCAUUUGGGGCUACGCCUUCCACAAACCCAUUUGUUGCUGCUGCUGGUCCUUCUGUGGCAUCUUCUACAAAUCCAUUUCAGACCAAUGCCAGAGGAGCAACAGCGGCAACCUUUGGCACUGCAUCUAUGAGCAUGCCUGCAGGGUUUGGUACUCCUGCUCCCUAUAGUCUUCCCACCAGCUUCAGUGGCAGUUUCCAGCAGCCUGCCUUCCCAGCUCAAGCAGCUUUCACUCAGCAGACAGCUUUUUCUCAACAGCCCAAUGGUGCAGGUUUUGCAGCAUUUGGACAAACAAAGCCAGUGGUAACUUCUUUUGGUCAAGUUGCAGCUGCUGGAGUAUCUAGUAAUCCUUUUAUGACUGGUGCACCAACAGGACAAUUUCCAACAGGAAGCUCAUCAACCAAUCCUUUCUUAUAGCCUUAUAUAGACACUUUACUGGAACGAACUUUUAUGUGGUCACAUUACAUCUCUCCGCCUCUUGCACUGUUGUCUUGUUUCACUGAUCUUAGCUUUAAAUACAAGAGAAGUCUUUUGAAAACCUGCAUUAUGUAUUAAACACCAGGUAAUAUGUGCAAAACAGAGGGCUCCGGUAACAACUUUUAACCUGUGAAUUGGCAGAAGAGGUAGCGGUAUCAUGUAUAUUCAAAAUUGGCUAAUACUAAGUUAUUGCAGAUACCACGUUCAUUAUGCUGCAGUACUGUACAUAUUUUUCUUAGAAAUUAGCUAUUUGUGCAUAUCAGUAUUUGUAACUUUAACACAUCGUUAUGUGAGAAAUGUUACUGGGGAAAUAGAUCAGCCACUUUUAAGGUGCUGUCAUAUAUCUUGGAAUGAGUGACCUAAAAUCAUUUUAACCAUUGCUACUGGAAAGUUAAAAGUCAAUAUUGGAAGGUUUUAUUCAUCUUGAAUUUUUCCUUUCUAAAGAGCUCUUCUAUUUAUACAUGCCUAAAUUCUUUAAAAAUGUAGAGGGAUACCUGUCUGCAUAAUAAAACUGAUCAUGUUUUGCUACAGUUUGCAGGUGAAAAAAAUAAAUAUUAGAAAAUA